AUGUCUUUGGGAUCGUCGAAAUUAAAAAGUGAUGAUGAAGGAUCGAAAAAACAAUAUGAUUAUGGUCAAUCAUAUUAUGACAAUCCAGAUGAGUUAUUAAGUAGUAAAGAUGUGAAAGAGGAUACAGAUAAUUAUAAUUUAAAGAAUACAUUAAUAAAUCGUUGUAAAAAAGGGAAAGAAAAUUUAGAAGUAUUAUCAAAAAAGGGAACUUCUGGAAUGAAUACAACCCUUAUGAAUAAGGACAUAGUUACAUUAAAUGGUGAAAAUAACGAAUUAAAAAUGAGGUUAAGAAAUUCUUUAUGCCCUAAUAAUAUAAAUUCUGACCAAAUUGACACAACGACCUCAUAUAAUAAUAAUUUGAAUGCUAGCAACAUUGAUAAUAAUAUUAGGAGAGAGUCAAAUUUAAAACUAGAAGGAAUAUUAAAUGAAAAUGAUUAUUUAAUUCAACUAAAUAAAUUAAGAAGACAUGUAAUAGUUGAGAUAUUUGGAGGUAAAUGUUUUAUAAGGGAAUAUUUAUCUACAGAAUUUUUAAAAAGAGUUAGACAGUGUUGUAAUUUAAAUUAUGUAAAAAAUAAAAGUGGAUUAAUAAAUUAUCGUGAUUGUAAACAAUUAUUAGCAGAGAAUAAUAAUAUCGCAAGUAUAGAGGCUCGGUUAAAUGCUAUAUUAGUAUCUCUUCCACCAUUAAUUUGUGUUAUUUUACAUUCUAGUGUUUUUUUAGUAAUUAAAGAAGAUUUAAUAAGAGAUGAUUUAAUUAAAAGUUUAUGCAAUAUAUCUAAAAAAUAUAUUAAUAUAUACAAUAUGAAUGGAAAUAUAAUAACAAAAAAACCUUUUGAGUUUUGUGCAUUAGAAUGUGUUUUUUCUAGUGCAAUAGAGCAUUUAAAUGCGGAAAUGCAGUUAUUAAAUAAAGAAUUUUCUGAUAUUAAACUUUCAUUAAAAACAGCAAAAUAUCAAGACAUUUUAUCAAAUUUACAUAAUUUAAAAGAGCCAACAAGCAUAUUAAUAAAUAAAGUAAAUUCAUUUAUUAAAGCUUUUCGUGAAAUUUCUGAGAAUAAUGUUGAUUUAAAAAGAAUGGAAUUAACUAAAUGUUAUUUUAAUCCUAAUGCAAAUGAUGAUGAUAAUAAAGAAGCAACAAAUCAAGAUCUACAAAUGCUGCUGGAAUAUUUUGAUCAAGAGUUGCAUCAAUCAUAUAACCAAAUAAAGAAUUUACAUGAUGGAAUGAUUAAUUUAGAAGCAAAAAUUGUCUCUGAUUUAUCUCUUACUAGAAAUAAUUUAAUCAGAAUGGAUAUAAUUAUAAGCUUAAUAAAUUCAGGGUUUGGGAUAGGAACCUUAAUAACAGGAGUUUUUGGUAUGAACUUAAAAAUACAUUUAGAAACAAACGAGGUUGCCUUCCUUUAUGUUACAGGAUUAGUCAUCAUUUUAUGUUUAAUAACUGUAAUAAUGUCUUUUUAUUUUUUCAAAUGCAUUCGAAUUUGA